AUGCCCACCUUGAAUGCCUCGGCUGCUGCGUGGCAGCCGCUGCCGAACCGCCCAAGUGAAAGCUUGCCGGCCACGCCCACCGACGACGGCGGCCGCCGCUGCUCCGCGGAGCCACCGAAACUCGGCUUUUUCUCGGCGUUUUUCGCCGCCGCUUGGCACAUAUACACUCAUCUCGAUAUAUCCGCCCUUGUUUCUAGUCUUUUUUUAUUUUAUUUUUUUCAGGUUAUCUUUUUGAUUUUGGUCCCGUUACUCAUCGAUUCUUCUUCGCAUUAAUUUUUUUUUUCUGAAGUCAUUCAGCUGGUUUUGAGGACUUUUAGGACUACUGAUCAAUUUUUUAUACCAUAGUUUAAGUAUUUAUCAGAUUGGUUUUAGAUCAACUUUUUUUUUCUACUGGUUUUUUUAAGAACUAAUGAUCAGUUUUUUUCGGCUCUGGUACUGCACCUUGGUCUAAUAGUUAAUUUUAAAACCCAUUUUUUUCUAAAAAUAUUUUUUUGGACCUCCAUAUUUUUGCUUAUCUAUUGAUCAAUUUUUCACGUCCAACCCUCACUUUAUUUUUCAAGGAGGCCGGCCUUUUUUUGCCCCUCAGGUCAAAAAAAUGUUCCCGUAAGUGAUAAAUUUCAACUCAAUUAAAUUCAGGAUUUCCAAAUUUUUGGUUUUCGUUUGUUUUGAUUAUUGAUUUUUUUGCAAACAUACGCGAAUCACAGAAAGAUUCAAGUUUUUCGUGUCAAAUCAAAAACCCCGAAAAUUUGAUGCAAAUUAUUUUUUUCUUAAUUCAAUUUGCGCUUCAAGAAACCUCAGCUUCAACAAAAAAAUUGUUGUGCGUUAAAAAAAUAAAAAGCUCGAUGAAAAAAACAUAUAUUUUUCUGAAUUUUUUUAAAUUAUUAUUUUUGCACCUUAACCACCUUGUAUCUCAAAAAGUCCAAACGGGAAUAGUUGAUUACUCACUGAAAAAAACUUUGAAUUCCUAUUUUUAAAAAGGGAAUACUUUUUCGUACCCAAAAAAAUGAUCUUCACUAUUUCUAUUUUUGUUUUUUUGCUCAAAAAAACUCAUAAAUAAGUGAAAAUAAUCAAAAAAACUAUAAUUCAAAAAUUCAAAAAAACAUGAACUUUUACAAAAAAAAGUGAAGGACUUUUUAUGUUUUGAAAAUUUGUUUUCGUUAUCGUCGUGGAUUUAUCAAAAAAACACAGUUUCAAGUAAAUAGAUGAAACUUUAUUUCAAACUUAAAACUGUGAAAUCUUUCUUCAGAAAGGGAAAUCGUUGAGGGAUUCGAGGAAUUUCAUGUUUUGGCGUAAAUCAAAACGCCGCGAGUUCCUACACCGCGACGCAAAACAUGCUUGUGGCGUUUUUUACGUUUUUUUUUCUUUUCCAUUCAUUUUUUUCGAUUUCUCGUUCAGUUUGUUAUUUCAAUGUAUACUGAAACAACUGCGUAUUGAUGUUCUUUGGAAAGGGUUCAAAAUCAAUAGCGAUCAACGGUUUAUGAGCGUUUUGCGUCAAAUGAUUAGCCAUAUUUUUGCAGUUUUCAGGGUUUUUCAUUUUAAAUUUCUUCGCUAUUAUGCUCAAAAAUCUAUAAAGGUUUUUUGAGUGAAUAAGUACUGGAAGGCUCAAAAUAACAGUGAGAAUGACCUUUUGCUUCAACACCAUUAAACAUUAUAACAUUUUUCGAAUAUCAUAGGAAGCAAUUUCGAACAGAAUGUAUUGUAAAAAUCAUUGAAACAUAUCUCAAAAUGCUUCAAAAUUGGUCUCGUUGUAACGUUUUUGUACACUCAAUAAUAAUUUUUCGAUUUUUUGAUAAAUUUUUGGUUUCGAAAUAAUUUUUGCUUUUUUUUCUUCAGUUAGAUAACUUUUGAGAGUUUCAGAAUGAAGCUGAAUAUUUUUGAAGUUAUAAAUUUACUGUUUUUCAGAUUUUUUUAAAACGGUCAUUUAACAAAAAUGUUCUGUUCCAUGGUUACUUGUUUUUCAUAUUAUUUACAAUAUUUCCCGUUUCAAAGUAAUAUUUUUGUUUAAAAAUCGUUAUUGUAACUAACAAGAUCCUCGAUCAAAUCAAUCUCAUCGAUCAAUCAAUCGAAAAAAAAGAAGUUUUGGUGCCCCUGUUCCUGCAUUUUUCUUACAUCGGAGCAACCUCCCCAAACGCCCACUCGAAAUCCAGCAACCUUUUCUUUCGUCUUUCAUUUUUUCUUUUUGUUCCAAGAUUUAUCACCGGCCAUUCAUCACUGUUUAUCAAAUAAAUAACGGAAACUCUUGAAACUCGACGGCUUUUUGGAAAAAAAGGGGCCUGCCUAUGAUUGAUGGGUUAUUUUAAUUUUCUGACAAGGGGCUUUUCUUUGAAGGGAUCUUUUUAACACUUGAGUUGUUCUGUGUUGAUUUAGGACUUGAUAAAAAUAAUGAAUUAUGCUUUCAAAUUUAUGAAAAUUGUUUUUAAACUUGAAUUUUUUUUAGUGGUACUCUUGUCAUGAACUUUAUGCUGAACUUGUUCAAGUUUGAAGUUAUUCAGUUCUUCUUCAAUUUAUGUAAUCCUUAAAGUCGUUAUAAGCGUAAAAUUGAUCAAUUCUACUUUUAAAUCAUUUUUCAGCGUGUUUACAUUUUUUUAAAUUUUUCUCGUGCCAAAAAAGGAUAUCUCAAAAAAGCCUUUUUUUUCUUGAGCUAGAAAGCUUGGAUUUUUGAGAAGUUUCAUUUUAUUUUCUCGUCUUUUCGUGUUUUUUAAUCAUUGUCCAGUAAUUUUCAGCAGUUUUCGGAAUUUUUAACCAUUUUUUAUCCGAGAAAAAUAUCUCUCCUCGUUAAAUUUAGAUCUUCUUGACGAUUCUUCGAGUCUAUACGUUUCUUUCUGACUCUAUUCCUCGUCCUUUCAUUUUCUUGGCAAAUUUCAUUGAUUUGAAAAUUUUCCUUCUACCUGUCUUCCCAUGGGAAGUUUCUCAAAUCACCCUUUUUUCAAAUUUAAAAAGAAAAAUGAUUUCCCUUCCAGGUACCCCAUUGGACUUCGGGGCCGUCGUUGUGACUGAGAUUGUCGUCGCUCGGCGGAAACCCGCGACAAGUCGGUCCAACGAAAAUCACCGGUAUCUUCGGCACGAGACGAAGACGCGUGCGCGCCGCACGAUAAAAUGAUUGGCGCGCCGCGCUUUACCCAGAAGCCCUCCAUUCAGCAGACGCCUACGGUUCGUAAUCAUGCAUUUUUCGAAUUUAGUUGGUUAUUUCCGCUAUCAUUUACUUUCACUGGUUAAAAAAAAUGUUCUAGUUACAUAAUUUCAAACGAAAAGUUUCUGGGUUUGAUUCAUGGGGAUUUACCUUUAAUGAGAAGGUUUUUUUUUAGAGAAAUGGCUUUUUUGGUUGUUCUGAUUGGUAAACGGAAAUAAGGUCAAGAUGAACUAAUAUCAUAGACAAAGUCGGGAGGCUGCUGAAAGGCUCCUUUUUGCUGCCUUUUUGCGCCAUUUUCUCAGCCCUUGUUCACCAUUUUUGCUGCCUCUCCCUUUCUCCAUCAUUUCUCGAGCCUUUAAAGUCCCAGAAAAAGGGAAGGCUCGAAAAAGGGACUCUUUUUGCUGCCUUUCUGCGACCUUUUUUGAGCCUUUCUGCGACCUUUUUGGAGCCUUUCUGCGGCCUUUUUGCUGCCUUUUUCGAGCCUCUCCCUUUUAGCGGCCAGGGGGAAUAGGAGUAUAGAUUUUUUUUGUUUUACGACUUCGCUGGGUUCAAAAUUGAGUAGGUCGCCUAAAAAAAUUGACUUUUCAAAUUAAUUUUUUUAAUUAGGAUAACUUAUUAGAAACCUUGCUUGUCUUUGAAGCUUUGCUAGGCCAGGAAAAAGUUUUUAAACGUGUCGAGACCUUUUUAAUUUUGAUCCAUGCUCGUUUAAAAAUCUAGCAAGUACUUCUGUACUCAAAUGAGAUCGUUUUGCUUGUAAUAAUUUUUUUUCAACCAAAAGAACAGUUUUUAAAAUCAAAUGUUGUCCACAAACUCAAAAUUCCCUGAAUUAUUCGCUUUUAUUUUCGUUUCAAUAUGAUCCCAGCUCAAUUUUCCUACAAAAAGAGCACCAUUUCCUGAACUUUCAUAGCCCUUUUUUCAUCAUUUUUUGAUUUUCCUCCGAUCCCUACGUGAUUUUUCCACACGUACAUCUGGAGCUCGUUCCUCGCGUGUGUGUGUAGAUUGCAAUGGCUUCCGAGUAGGCUUCGUCGUAAGGGGGGAAAAAGUUUAAAAAGUAUUUCGCGACGCUUUAUUGAGUCGUUCCGAACGGCCUUGUUGUUGGAAAACUUUGUGAGACUGAAGGUUAUUUUCGAAAUUUGGGCAGGAAGUGGUAGAAAAAAUGGUUUUGAAGGUUCAUUCUGUUUUUCUUGGUAUAGAAGUCAGAAAUUUUUUUUUCGCAAAUUUUUGUUUCUAGUAUAAUUUUGGAGGGCUUUUCGACGUACCUUGGCGGAUAUUCAGUUUUAUAUUGGCUUCAUUUUUUCAAAAUUCAGGUUUAAAAUAGGUUCAGGGCGAGGUUAUUCCAGCUAGAAAGUCAUGUAUUCCGAGAUUUUUCAGUUUUUUAAUUGGUAUCAAGUUUUUUGUGAAGAUAUGUUAGAUUCAGGAUUAUUUUUUUGCCCCAGAGAGGUGAAAAGAGCAAUAAAUCGAUAAUUGGAAACUUGGCUAUUAAUACAAAUUUACUUUUACCGGUUUACUUAAAGAUUUGGGAGCUCUAGAUUUGCCUCGAAAGCCUAUUUAUCUAUUGAUCGAAGUCGAUGCAGAUACUUGCGAAAAUUCGAAAUAAAUUGCUCCAAAAUGAGUUGAAACUUUUAACGAAAUCUCUUCUGAAGCGUCCCUUUCUAGAAGCUCUAAACGAAUCUCAGUCAUCAAAAAUCGAUUUUCCUUUCAUUUGGAUUUUUCCUCGGGUCUUCGAGGCCUUUUAGAACGUUCAGUGAGAUCAACUAUCCCUUCAUUUAUAAGAAUGGAGCUUUUCCUAGACUUUCUCGAGAACUUCCAGAAUCUAGUGAAGCAAAGAUCAGCUACAAUUCGACCCAUAAGACACCAUUCUGCAGCUUUUCCCGAAACACUUUUUCCUUCCAAAAAUCUCGUGACAAAGUUCAACUAUCGAGUUUCGACUGAAGCAGAAGACGGGAAAAAAAACAAGGUUGACGUUCGUCCAGCUCGACGUCGUUUUUUUUUUUCUCGCUUCGAAAAACUCGGCAUGCUAGUGUAUGUGCUGCGGCCGAGUGUGCGUGUGUGUGGGGGCGAGGCAACUGUCCGCAUCGCUGCCAUGCCUUCGUCUCCCCAUUUUCCGCGGCGCUUAUCCUUCCGCAACGAUGUAAUACUAAAGAAACCCAUGGUUUCAUUUUUGGGGAGCGUUGAGAAGGCGUCCAGCACGAGUUCGAUCCCCGCCGUGAUGCAGUCAAGGGGUUCGAGAAGGGUUGGUAUUGGGAAGACCACAGCUUCACAAGGGGCUUAGACAUCGCUCAAGCGGUACAAAGGCCCAAGAAGAAGAAGAAGGAGAAGGGGAGAAGUACAUAUGAAGAACUGAGACCACUGCAAUUAUGCUUAUAAUGAGCUCCGGUCAGAUCGGAGCUAUGUGUCUUGAGCAACAAGGGAAACGUUUUGGUCUUCAUGGAUGGGACUAGAUCAGAGCUCAGCAAAGAGACAGAGCGUUGAGAAGGCGUCGAAGGUUUGGGGAGUUUCAGAAGGCGUCAAGCACGAGUUCGAUCCCAGCCAAGCGGUUUGAGAAGUGCUGGUAGUGGAAAAACCACAGCUUCACAAUCAUGAGCUGUCACACACACACAAGAACGGAUAUGUCACUAGAGCGAAUCCACUGAUAAUCCCUGAUAUCAGGAUAAGACCUUGGCUCGUCGACUUGGGGCUCAGACGUCGCUCAAGCGGUACAAGGGCCCAAGAUGAAAAAGAAGUACAUCUGAAGAACUUAGACCAUGCAAUUUUCGCUCAGACUGAGCUCCGGUCAGAACGGAGCAAUGUGUCUUGAGCAACAAGGGAAAACGUCUCGGUCGUGGGACUAGAUCAGAACUCAGCAAGGAGACAGAGCGUUGAGAAGACGUUGGUUUUGAGAGCGUUAGAACCCCCCAAACCAAAAAAAAUCUUCUUCCACGAUUACAAACUGUUUGACCUGUCUGCGCUCUCUUCUCUCUCGUCGGUGUAGUAACAACAAAAAAAUCAGGACUCAGACAUGUCAGACGGUCUCAAGGAUAUCUUAACCUUUUAAAAGGUUUUCUCAGCUUCAAAGUCGAUCCAAAGUGCUUCUCCACCUUUUUUCGUAUAACUGAGGUGAGGUAGGACCCAUUAAUCACGUCCGCACUUCCUCUUUCCUCUCACCUCAAGAAAGCAACAUGCCCACAAAAAAUUGUUUGUUAAUUGAGGAGGAUGGACAGUAGUUGCAUGGCAGCUGCACCAAGAGCAUUUUUGAGAAACGGCAAAAAAAAAGAGAAAGAAAAAGUUCUCUCGGGGAAAAGUGAUUGUUGGCGCCGAGGAGUACGAAGGAAGAAGUUGUUGACGGCGGCCGGCGGGGAGAGGAAAAAAGUUGUGACGACCUCUGGCAAGCUGUUUUGAUCUCGAGUGUUGACAAUCGAUCGAUAAAGGCUUAUUGAUUGAUUGGAAAAAUCAAUGGGCUUUUGAGAAAAAUGGCUAGAUUUUACUCACACUUUCGAAAAACUUUUUUUCUUUGAAAUUGUGAAAAUGGGGAUCUAGAGUUGAUUGUGAGAUUUUUGAAUAUAUUGAAAUUAUUUUUUUCCCAAGGUUUAUUAAAAAAUAAGUUAUUUUGUUGGGAGUUUCAAAAAUGUUUUAAUGGGAGCCUAUCUGAAUUUUCAGCCCUUUUUUGCGGAUUUGAAUGAACAUUUUCGAUCAUGAUUAGCUUUCUGAGGCUUUUUUACGAAGCUUGAUAUGAAUUUGGUCUUUUUCUCACUUGCUUGAAAGGAUGAAUUCCAAAACCCUAAGGCUUUGAAAACAAAAAAAAUACGAAAUAUUUUUUGAGAGAGUAGUAUGUUGAAACGUGAGUAGGAAACCGCUUUCAAAAACUUGCUAGAAUAAAUAUUUACGAAAAUAUUCACAUUUUUCCCUCAAAAGUGUAGUCCUUGAAGACGUUCCAGAAAUAAUGGGUGAUGACAACUGAGAUAUCCAAUUUCAAAGUGUAAUCUUUGCUUUUUGGUGAUAAAUAAGGUGAUUUUUCAAGUUUUUUUCAAAUUGUACAAGGGAUAUGAAUCAUUUUUUUGGGUUCUCAUAAGAUUAUAGAAACAGAAGGGGUACAUCAAAACAUUACCAAUUUUAACAAACUGAAACAUAUUUUUUUUUCUACCUUACCCACUUUUUUUGCUUUUUUAUACUUUAUCCAAAGAUUUUCGGCGUUUUGCAAGACGUUGGCAAAUACAAGUGGGUGGUUCUUUUUUUUCAAGUGAUUGCGCGUGAGAAUCGCCCCGUAAUUCGGACUGUUUGGCGGGAUGUUUGAGGGUGCAUUUGGGGAGAAAACGAGGGUUUUUUUCGAAUAAAAAAAUAGUUUUUUUCUUUGUGCAAAGGUUGUAAAAAAAUUUUUCUUAAGGUUCUAAAAAUGUUCCUUUCCAAAAAAAGUGUUACAAGCCGGCUUUUUUUCUAUCUUUCCUACAGCUUUUUCUUUAAAUCUUUUUAUUGAUUUUAUUAGAGCUGUAAAUUCUAUCUGGACAUCAUUUUCAGGUUAUUGGACAUAAGAAUUUUAAAUUUCAAUGGAUUAAAAAAUGAAAAACAAAUCGAAAAAUUCCGAAAAAGCUCAGAAUUUUUAAAUGUUUGAUCAUUUUUUUGGAGCAAAGGACCAUUUUGAUGUUAAUCGGGGGGAAAACUACAUCCUGCGUCUCUAAACGAAAUUCGGGAAGCUUAUUUGGAACGGCUAUAAAUUUAUGGAUCUUUUCAAUUCAAAGGCCCUAAUUUGCAUGACAAUUUAAAAAAUGAGCUUGAGGAAGGGAAACUCGUGAUUUUUUGAUGUUCUUACAUUUCUGAAGAAACAAGCUUUUUUGGAAUGACCACUGAAAUGACUAAAAAUUUGUGAUUUUUAUAAAAUCAGAGACCAUGAUAGCUAUGACAGUUUACGCAGCGUAAAUGAGCUUGAGGAAGGGAAAAAUUGCCAUUUUUGAGACGGACACUACACCUUGCGUCUCUAAAAAAAGCUUUUGAAGUGAGAAUUUGGCGAAAUUUACGGAUUCUUUGAGAUUAUAGGCAGUAUACGGGAAGGUUUACGCAGUGUAAAUGUGAGGCGUUGAUGAGCUUAAUUAUGGGAAAAUCAAUUUCUUUUUAAUGUUUCGAGACCGACACUACACUACUACAUCCUGCAUCUCUAAAAAAGAUAAGGAAGAAUUUAGCGAAAUUUACGGAUUCUUUGAGAUUAUAGACAGUAUACGGGAAGGUUUACGCAAUGUAAAUGUGAGGCGUAGAUGAGCUCCUAGGAACGGAAACUUGCAAUUUUUGAGACCGACACUACACUACUACAUCCUGCAUCUCUAAAAAAAACUUCUAAAGAAGUUAGCGAAAUUUACGGAUCUUUAAGAUUAUAGACAGUGUACGGGAAGGUUUACGCAACGUAAAUAACCUUAACAUAGGGAACGCAAAAGUUUUUGAAAUGUAUGCGAACCUCAAUGGCUGGAAAAAAGUAGAAAUGAAAAAAAAUUUCAUUCGCAUGACCUUUUUUUAAAGAUUCAAACGUGACCUUUCCUGAAUUUUCAUGUAAUUUCAGGGCGAUCUGCUGAUGGAAUGUCAUCUAGAGGCGGAUCCGGAGCCGACGAUCGCCUGGCAACACAGCGGAACUGUGCUGCCGCCGUCCUCUAGGGUCGUCCAGACCCUGACUCCCUUGGGUGGCAACCUCUUCAAGGCUACCCUCGUCAUCAAGGUUUUUUUUCAAAUUUUUUUUUUUUUCAUACUUGUUACAAUUAUCGUUAGAAAAGCUUCUCUAUCUUCCGCUGUUUUGGAAAAAAAUUUUAGUUUUUUUCUUGGAAUAGUCGCUCCAUCGUUAAUUUUACCGUUAAUUUAACUAUAUCAUUGUUUUUUUGAAUGACAGGACAAAGACUAUCAGAAAAAAAAAUUUUUUUUUAAUUGAUUGAUUCGAAAAAUAAAAACAGACCCUCUGAAAGUUUGAACCUUCAAAUCGCAUUUUUUUAAUGAACUUUUUUGUUUCUUUUUUUGAAUUCUAGUAGGCAUUGAUCAUUUAUCGUCAAUAUCGCAAAAAAAAAUUUUUUAAUUGAAAUUAAUAUUUUUUUACUUUUUUUAAAAAAAUUUUUUUAUCGAUUUUUAAUCCAGAAUAUUGAUUAAUUCAUUUUUUUCAAAAAAAGCCUAUUCUUUGUUUGGAGUUUAUCCUGAAGCUGUGUUUUUUUAUGGGAAGUUUUUUUAAUUGAUUUAAAAAAAUAUUUAUUGAUCGAUUUUUAGUGUUUUUUUGAUUUUUCUGUAUACUGAGUCAAUCAAAAAAAUUAUUUAUGAUUCUGAAAAAAAUCUCUAAAAAAUUCAUUUUUGAACUUUUAAGGCCCAUUUUUUAAGCCGUUCUUCAGUUUCAUUUUGAGCCUUGCAAGGCUUUAAAAAUUGCUUAAACUUUGAAGUUUCAGAACAUUUUUAGGACCAAAGAUAAAAUUUUCCGUGAAUUUUCGAGCAAGAGCGGAAUGUUAAACAGCAGUUGUUUUUUUUUGUUCAGUUUUGAUUUUUUGAACUUUUUCUCAAAAAUCAAUCGAUACUUGCGGUUGUUGCAAACAUCAAGGAGGAGAGCGUUGGAGCGCAAAAUGGCACAUCGUCGCUUCUACUGCUAUUUUUUUCUUGUCUUCGUUCUGCUCCUGCUCAACGGUUGUCCCCCACGCGUUUUCCAAUGUUACACAACCCGAGGCUCCGGCCGUCCGUCCUGUCUGUUUUACUGCGACGGCGGCUGGAUGAGCAAAAAAAAAGAUGCCGUCGACACCUUUUUGUCGGCCUGGAGAACGCGGAAAUUUUGUUUCGAUUUUUUUUUCGCCGAGAGGGGGACUUUUUAUUGAUCGAUUUCGGCCUGAGAAAAGAAAGUUUUGCAGAAGGAGCCCUCAAUGAUCAGCUCGUAAAAAAAAAAUCAUGAACCUCAUUUUUUCAAGAUUUUUUGGAAUCAAUCAUGUUUCAAGAUUGGCUGAGGCUCUCAUCUUAGACACACCAGAGUGGCCCCUAGAGGGCUCCUACAGAGCUCGUAAAGUGCUCCUUAUAGAAGUAAAAUUCAGUUAUCCUCAUAGGAUUUACGGUCUGACCCCUAAGUCCCUAAAGCUCUAGAGGGGAAUUUUCAGAGAUUCUCAAGGUUACCCCUAUAGGGACCACUCUGGCGUCCCUAAGAUAUUUGGAAUAAUGAAAAACUCUUUCGUGGACUCGAACAAAUAGCCAAAGUUCAAAAAAAAUAUUGAAGCGGAAAAUAAUAGUUAUAGUUAUCUUUCAGUUGAGCUUCUCUGAAUAAUUUUAAAGUUUUUCGAUUUUUCAUUUCUUUGCAUUUUUCUAAUAUUCAGACUGUUAAAGAAUCCCAAACUGUCAAAUCUGAAGAAAUGGAAAAUUCAUGUGGCUAGAGCUUGCUCAAAGAUUGCGCUUUUUGCACUUGGCUCGGAUUUUGCGACUGUUUGCGCAGUGGUCAAGACGAAUCGUUUGUUUCCGCAAUAUCCGCGCACACACACAAAAAAUGAAAAUCGAAUGGAUUUUCAGGUGUUUUUCGAGAAUUUAGGGGACACAUUUCCGUAGCGAUAAAUGAGCUUUUGUGAUUUUUUUUUUUGACGCUUUCCAAGGGUUUUGGAAUUCUCUCAGACGAAAAAAUGAUAUUUUUUGAAUCUUCUUUCUUCAGGUUCUUCAUAUUUUGAAUCUUCAGGUGAUAAAUCAUAGGCGCAAGGGACCUGAAACUCUCAAAUACACUGCAAAAAAAAAACCCGAGCUAAUUGAAUAGUUUAAAAUAACUGUGCGGGGGUCAGGAGAAGACCUGACGUUUUGAAUGAUUAAUGACUGGCGGCCGAACGGUGCCAAAUGCUCGUUUGGCAGAAAGGGAGCAAGAUUUGUGGGAUUGGCGAUUAGAGCUGUUAGGGGACGUUGAAGAAAAAUAAUUGCUAAUAAGGUCAUUUUUUAUAUUUGAACAUUUUCCUCUAGUUUGCUCUAACUUUUAGAAAAUAAUUUACCAAAAAGCAUCUGUAUUAUUUUUGAAUAAUGUGAGUUUAUCAACUUUUAACACCAUCCCAUGUUUUUGUUUGAGCAUUGGAAAAUAAUUUUUUUGAUGUAUUUUUUCCCCAAGUUUUUCUGAUUUAUUUCGACAGAGUUAUUUUUUUCUGUGAUUAUCUGAAUUGAAUAACUUUUAUAAAAAGGGUAAUUUUUUUCCAGGAGCCGAGUGCUGGUGAUGGCGGCGCCUACAAGUGCACAGCGAAGAACCAGCUCGGCGAAUCCAACGCCAAUAUUAAUCUCAAUUUUGCCGGUAGGUUUCGCAAAAGAUCAGCUUUUCAAUAGUUUAGGAAUGCAUGAUUUUUCCGAUAAUUCGAGCUCUUUCGCUCUGAAAAAGUCACAAAGUUUUUGGUUGAGGCUGAAAAAAAAAACUUUGAGGCCUAAUAAUAGUUUAUCAACUUUAAGGAUCGGGUGGCGAUGAGAGCAAGGCGCGUGGGCCGACGUUCGUCGGCAAGCCGCGGAUUAUUCCGAAGGACGGCGGUGCCCUCAUCGUCAUGGAGUGCAAGGUGAAGAGCGCCAGCACCCCUACCGCCAAGUUUGUCUUUUUUCCAUUUCGAAACUUGAAACAGUUUUUUCAUGAACCAAACAUUUCAAUUCAGAUGGAUGAAGGAUGGAGUUCCACUCACAAUGGGAGGCCUCUUUCACGCUGUCUUCUCUGAUCUUGGAGAUCAGACUUUCCUCUGCCAGCUGGAAAUCAGGGUUUGUUUUGGAGCCUAUCAGUUACAUUUUUGAAGAACGUUAGGUCUGUUUAUUAAUAGUUCCUGAGUAUUUUCUGAAAUGAUUAGAAAAGGCGAAAAUUGCAUUGUGUUGAUCUAAAGAAAGAAACGAAAGAAUCAAACCGGUACUUUUCUCGCUCUUCUCCAAACUUUGGCUCAUUGAAAGAUUUUGAGAGCUGCAUCUUAGCUUAUUAAAGCUCAGUUUUGGUCUGCUUAACUUUCUUGAGAGCUGCAUUUUGGUCUGCUUAAAGGCAUAGGGGCAGUAAAAAAUGGGGUUUCAGGUGAAAGCAGUAUCUUAUAUAGUUUUUCUUUGCGAAUCGAAUGGUGUACUCCAAAAGAUUACAGAUGUGACAACUUUAGAAGAAAAACGCGAUUUUACUUUCCCGCCUUUAUUUUUAAAAAAAGCUUUGGAUCGGUAUGCAGACAACUGUUUACAGUAGCUGUGCACGCCAUGUUGCGGACGUGCCAAUAGACUCGAAUUUUGUGAGAUAUAACCGGAUAUCUGCUUCAAAUUAAGGGUUUCUUCUCUGAAAAAUCGAUUAAGAAAACAGAAAACACACAUUGAUAAUAAAGAAAACACAAAACAUCGCAAUCCCCAUCGAAACCUGUGUAAAAUCAUCAUUUUUCACCAGAGUAGCAUUUUUGCGAUCAAAGUUUGCAAAUUUAACAUGAAUAUAAAGAUUUUUGUGACAAAAAGAACUUUGGUGACAACAGAAAAAAUUAAAAAUUGAAAGCAACGAAGAAAAAAAGCGAAAUUCGAAAAAAAUAGCGAAGCCUAUUGUCCAUAGAGCAACUUUACUGCAAAGCGCUCUUUUCGCGGGAACUCAAGAUUUCCUUUCUCCGAAUUUGAAUUAUUUUUUCUUCAAAACUAGGAACUACUGUACGUUUCCAAGUUCACCGUUCGAUUCGCAAUGAAAAGCUCUACAAAGUACUGCUUUGAACUGAAACACCGUUUUUUACUGCCCCUAUGCCUUUAACUUUUUUGAGAGCUGCAUUUUGGUCUGCUUAACUUUUUUGAGAGCUGCAUUUUGGUCUGCUUAGCAUUACUAUAUCGGAUUUUUGUUUUGGUCUGCUUAAAUUUUGAGAGCUGCAUUUUGGUCUGCUUAGCUUCCGUAACUUCAAUUUUGGUCUUUUCAAUUCUUUGAGGACUGCGUUUGGGUCUGCUUAUCAUUAGUUUAUCGGAUUUUUAUUUUGGUCUGCUUAACUUUUUUGAGAGGUGCAUCAUAGUUUAUUGAAACUCAAUUUUGGUCUGCCCAACUUUUUGGAGAGCUGGAUUUUGGUUGCUAAGACUUGGGAUUUUUUCUAGUGCGCUUAAAGAACCGGAAGGUUUUGAAAACCUGAAAAUUAGUUAUUGAAAUUUCUGAUCUGACUAAGUAUAACAUGUUAAAUCGAGUAUUAAAAUACCGCUCUUCGGCUAUCUCUUUUUUAAUACUCGAAAAAUUCAAAUUUUGAUUCAAAAAACAUGCAAAUAUUUCUUUCAGGGUCCAUCAGCCUCUGACGCCGGCCAGUAUCGAUGCAACAUCCGAAACGACCAAGGCGAAACCAACGCUAACCUGGCUCUGAAUUUCGAAGAGCCUGACCCAACUGAACGACAAGAGCGCAAGAGAUCAACCGCAAGCCCGAGGCCGUCGUCCCGCGGCCCCGGCGAGCGUCCCAGCUCCCCGAAAAAGUCCCUCAAAUCUCGCGAAGGAACCCCAAAGCGCAGUUUGAAGCCGCGCGAAGGAUCGCCCAGCAAGAAAUUGAGGUUAGUAUAAGAUUUGAAAAAAAAAGGUAUAUGAAUUUUAUGAAAAUUUUUUCGAUAAAUUUUCGAUUCAAAAACAAUUGACUUCGAGUGUGAAAUGAAAAUGAUUUGAAAAAGAGAACUUGAUUUUUAUUCCAGAUCUCGAACAUCGACACCAACACAAGAAGAAGCGUCGCAGUCCCAGUCGCUUCAGGCUCAACAGCAGUCCGAAUCGAGGAGAUCAAGUAAAACUGACAAGAUGGAAAUCGAUCAAGGUAUGGAAGGCAGGAGUGAUUUUGGAAAAUACAUUCAUAAAUUGUAAAAAAAAAGUCCUUUUUUAGAAUCGUCUCUAGAUUUUGGUCUGCUUAAACUUUUGAGAGCUGCAUUUUGUACUUUUUUUCUACUUGGGGACUUUUUUUUGGCCUGCUUAGCUUCUAGGAACUUUAUUUUUGUCAAACCUUUGAGAGCUGCAUUCUGUUCUGUUCAUAGAAAAAUUUUUUAGCGCACGGUUAAAUUUUUGAUGAAAAAGAUCCAGACUGUACUUUGAACCCCAAGAAAAGAAACGGUUGAAACAGAUCUGGUUUUUGAGUUAAUACGCUUCCAAAGCUCUAAAUACCCCUUUCGUGUCAUAAUUAGUUAUAAUUUGAGAAUGUGAGGAAAAAUUUUGUUACGCAAGUGACCUCAUUGAGCAAACACUAUGUGUAGUUUUUAGCUUAGGCUUUUUAAGUUUCUCACAUGAAGAGAAACGAGAAACAUAGAAUCAUUUUCGGAUUUUCAGUGUCAGGAAAGCGGAAGCCCGACGGUUUGCCGCCACCGCCAGCUGACGAGAAGAAACUUCGGGCGGGAAGUCCCAACUCGCGCCGAAGUCCCGGAAGGAAGUCACCAUCGCCCGCGCCGGCUUCGAAAUCGAGCAGCGCCAAUUCCUCCGCUCGUGACAAGUUCACUCGGCCGCCGAUCGUUCUCGAAGCCAGUCGGUCCAAGGUGAGAAGACUGGAUAGAAAAUAUCAAAUAUUUCAAGCAGUUCUAACUUUUUGAAAAGUUUUCAACAAAAAAAAUGUGAAAUAAUUCUGAAAUAAUCAUUCUUGUCAGACCGGAAAAAAACUGGCUCCUCAGUGGUUCUCGAGGUCGAAUGGCAGUGCCACACGACGACGAUCAUCGAGUGGUACAGGUAUGAUAUAUUACUCAUGUUACCUGUUAUAUUGCUCAUGUUCCAGAGAUGGAAAAUUGAUCAAGAACUCGUCGGAAUAUUCCCAGACGUUCGACGGCAACAUUGCGCGGUUGAACGUCAAGAAUUUGUCCGAGGACAAAACUGGUGAUUUUUUAAUCUUUCAUGAUAUUCGCUGAAACAAAUUCAAGCAACAAAAAGGAAAAAAAUUGAGAAAAAAAAAAAAGUGAAAAAAACUUUUUGUGAGAACUUGCUGUUGCGGAUUAAACGCGCUCCACCGCACUCCCCUCUUUCUCUGUGCUCUCCGAGUGAGAGAGUAAUUUCGAGCUUUUUCCAAUUUUUCAACUUUUUUUUUUUUUACUUUUUUCAGUAUUUAUUAUAAUUUUUUUAGGUCUCUACAAAUGCCACGCCACUUGUGAAUAUGGAGAAGCUCAGAGCAGCGCCAUGGUCAAAUUGGAUGCUUCCGGUUGAUUUUUUUUCAAAUUCAAUUUACAAUUUAUCGAUUUUCCAGAAGAUGAAGAAUAUUCACAUCGGCGAACAGAACAACAGAGCAAAAUCGAAGAGGAAGAUCGCAGCGAAAGCCUUGUGGCGAAGAAAAAGACGACGAGGCGAUCGAAGUCGAAGAGCAAGAGCCCGGUGAUUUUUUGUCAAAAUCAUUUUUAACAAGUUCUGGAAUCAAAUAUGACUAGUUAGUAGCGUUUAAGAGAAUCUUCUAGUUGAAGUUAUGUAUCAAGUUUUUUUGAGAGAAUUAUAUUCAAGAGGAAUAUGCAGUAAUUUUUAUUCAUAGUUCUGAAAAUUAUAAAAAUUUUACUGGCUAUAAACUGAGAUUAUUAUAUAUUUUUUUGAUCGUCUGUUUGGAUUUGAAAUUUUUAUUAACUGGAGUUUAUAUUCUACAAGGCUUCCUAGACUUAGAAUACAGCUGAAAAACGAAUCUGCGCUUUGAAAAUUUCAUAAAGUUUUGUCUCUGCGCUUUUUAAAUAGUGUCAUUAAAAAGUCUUUAACGAACAGUUCCAAAAAAAUGAAAAAUUAUACGAGAAAAACGGAAUUAUUAGAAACUACAACAGAUGAAGUUUUUUUCAGUAGUGUUUUUCUGGGCAGUUGCAAAAGUUUUAUCAGUUAAAAAGAGCUCAGAUAAGAAUUUUUAUAAUAAUUUACCGAGUAAAUUGGAAAAAAAUAUAAGUUUUAGAAAAAAAGUUUUUUUCGAAUAUACCAAAUUAUUGAUCUUUUACGGAAAGUUUAACGUCGUAUAUAUUUCAUAAGCCAGUAUUUUUUAUGCGAUUUCCGAUUCCUGAAUCGAUAUGAAACCUCUGAAUUUUCUCACGCUCUAUUGUAUGUGAACAAAUGUGCAUUCAAACGCAUUUUGACGAUGAAUUGAGGUUUUCUUCAAAAAUUUUGUGAAUAAAAUAUCUUUUUUUCCAGGCGCCGCCGUCACGGAAAGCGAGCAGCCGGCUUGAUGCUCAGAAGGCUGAGGUAAACUUUUUCAGAAAAAUAUCGAAUAAAAAAACUCUAGAAAAAUUCUUUUUAUAAUUUUUGUAUUUAGUAUAAUAGUAUUUAGAUUUUUUAAAACUUUAUGCUUUUUCAGGCCUCGGAAUCAGAAGACCAACGAAGCUCCAGUCGCCGAAACAGCAACCGACCUGAACCCGACGAUGAGGUCUGUUGGAUAUUGUUACAGGUCUGUGGUACUGUGGAGCUUGAAGCAAUAUUUUUGAAGAAUUUUUAAAAAUUUAUCUUAUUGUAGAGAAGUUAUUAGGACAGCUUUUUAUACCUUGAAAAUUUGGUCAAACGAACUUGUCGUAUAUGAGUGGAUCUCCGCCCCCUCUGAACACUGGAUACAGUAGAAAAAAUUGUGCUUUUUCACGCUCCAAGAGCUUUUUUGUCGGCAUCUUUGACAGUCCAUUAGAAUUUUGAGACCUUAUGGUUUGAGUCUGACCUCAAGACCGAAAAGCUCUGAGGAGCUAGUUUGAAGUAGUUUGAGCCGUUAAAACUUUUUCUGAAGGCCUACAGUAAGAUGUACCGUAACCUCUGAAUAUUGAUUGGGAGUGCUUGGAGUACAGUAGGACCUAUCGGGCCUACAUUCCAUACAGCUACAGUAACCCUUGGAGUACAUAUAGCUUCCAAAUCUCACUGAACUAGAAGUACAGUAUCCCUAGUUGAACCUUGUCUGAACUUCAAAAGAUCUAGUUUCGAAGGGCGUCUAUUUGUUAGAGGUGAGCAAACUACGAAAAGCUUUUGGAGCAAUCUGGUUUUACAGUAGCCUUUAAGUACGGUAAAAGGACUUUUACAGUAGUUUUUGUUGAACCCUCAAAGCUGUUUCAAGUCUUAUUAGGAAGUUGUGUUGUGUGAGCAAGCUACAAUUUGUGUGAGCAAACUACAGUUUGAGAAAUCGCCCAAAUUCAUCUACAGUAAUCCUAGAAGUUCAGUAGGUCGUAGUGAUUAUCAUAGAUUUCCAGUCGUCGAUAUGGAUCUUGAAAUACCGUCAUUUUUUAUAGUGUGAGUUACAGUAACCGAAGUUGUACAUUGAUCAAACUUUCAAGCUUCCAUGUUAACAGCAAAAGGCCAUUAAGUAACCCUAGACGUAAAGUAGGAGAUAAUAAUGCUCCUGGAUGUCCAGCCGUUGAUGUAGAUCUGAAAGACAUUGUUCAGAAAGUAAAAAUACGAUAAUCGAAGUUACAGUAACUCAAGCCUUCUGAGCAAUUAGAGUUAAAGCUUCGAUUUUAGCAGGAGAAUGACGGGAACAGUAAUCCUAGAAGUACAGUAGGACAUAAUGAAGCUCCUGGACAUCCCGACCUCGAAAAACCUUGA